AUGAGCUACUACUUCGCCAUCGUCGGCACCCAGGACAACCCGCUCUUCGAGCACGAGUUCGGCACGUCCAAGCAGGGCGGCGACGGCCAGUCGCGCUUCACCGACCAGGUCCGCCAUCUCAACCAGUUCAUCCUGCACUCGAGCCUCGACGUCGCCGAGGAGGUCCAGUGGGCGCAGGGCCACAUGUACCUCAAGUGCAUCGACAAGUUCUUCAACAACUACAUCUCCUGCUUCGUCACCGGCUCCAAUGCGAAAUUCCUCCUCCUCCACCAGCCGACGACGCCGACGGCCGGCAGCUCCUCGCGCUCAUCGACGGGCAUCGGCGCGAACCCCACGAGCCCGGCGACCGAGGAGGCCGUCAAGAUGUUUUUCGCCGAGGUGUACGAGAACUGGGUCAAGGCCAUCAUGAACCCAUUUUACAAGGUCAACGCCGAGGUCCGGAGCCCCGUAUUCAGAGCACGGGUGGCUGCUGCCGGGCGCAAGUAUCUGUGA